AUGAAUAGUCACACGUCAAAAUCGGAAGAACACGUUUCCGAGAGAGCUGUGGUUGACGAGAACAACUGGUCAGUUGAGUGCGGAGCAUUUGGUGAAUCUGGCACUGGAGUUAGCUGGGACGACGCUGACCAUGUUUUAGUGUCGAUUUUACAAGAGAACAGAGAAGAUUCAACAGUGAACAAAGUAAACCAACUCACCGAACAGCCUGCAGCCGUCAAGACGGAUUCGUAG